CUCCCCUCGCACCCAUUUACCGCCUCUAAUAUCCUGCUUUUAUUUCAUGCACUUAAAUUCCCACUAAUUACAUGGAUUUAUUAUUAACAAUUACAUCUAUAAUAGAAAUGCUUCUAAAACGUAUUUAAUUCGAAAAUGAGCACUGUCUUCAACUGUCAUCCGAUAUUGUGGAAUUAGUAUAUUUUGUGUUAUUUUAUACUUCGUAAAUGUGACACUCAUCGUAUGGAUGACAUUUUAUAAUAUAUAAUGACUAGUUAAGGAGGAUUGCCAUUAUAACCUAGGCAUCCAUUAUGAGUGCUGAUCAGGAACCAAAACGUUCAUCAAGUAUAAGACUAAGGCACAAUCGUACAGCUAGUGAUUUGGAAACCAAGGCCGAACAUUCCAAUGGACUCAAAGCUGUCAACACAGUUACCGGUGCUAUUAAUAGCUUCUUUAAAUGGUCAACCUCUCCAUUGACUAAAGACCAGAAGGCUCGUUCGUUCGACUCUCUGGACCGAGCUUCUAACCAGGAUUCUGUGUCCGUGUUGCACACAGACCCUUCAAAUAUGAGUAAUCGAAGAAGUAGUGGAUUAUCUCGCACGGAUUCUGCAAAAUCCAAAGAAAGUUCACCGGAAGUAGGCAAAGCUUUACUUGGCCGCAAAGCAUCCAGCUCUUCUUUUAAGCGGGAAUCUUCUCCAAAUGUGACGUUCAUGUUCGCAGACGAUUCAUCCAGUAUUACAGACUCCUUACCAGGGGGAUCUGGUCUGCAAAAAACGCCGUCCCGGAAAUCAACUGAUAGUAGUGAUAGUCAGAAAGGCGGGGAAGGGCGGGAUGGGAGUAUUGACCUUGGGGAGAAAAGUUUCGAGUCAUCACUCAACAUGAUUUUGAACAAAUGUUCGGAGACAUCACUGGAGGUCAUCAGUGAUGGGAGGGAAGAUGGGAAAAAGUCGGGAUCUGACAGGAAGAAGAAAAGUACUCCGUGGUAUAGCAUGUUAAGUCCCACCUACAAAUCGCGGAGCGAGGAUUUCAAGCGACAGUUUAAGGAAAUUCCCCCAGAUGAGCGAUUGAUCUGUGAUUAUUCUUGCGCUCUUCAAAAGGAGAUUUUGGUGCAUGGUAGGAUGUUCGUCACUCAAAACUGGAUUUGUUUUUAUGCGAAUAUCUUCAGAUGGGAAACAAUUGUUACCAUCCCCAUCAAGGACGUGUCCGCACUCACCAAGGAAAAGACAGCACGCGUGAUUCCAAACGCCCUUCAGGUGACCACAGAUCGCGAGAAGUACUUCUUUACGUCGUUCACGGCUCGAGACAAAACAUUCCUCAUGCUCUUCCGUCUGUGGCAGAAUGCACUCAUGGAACAGCCACUCCCUCCUCAAGAAAUGUGGAACUGGGUUCACAGUUGCUAUGGUGACGACCUUGGUCUGACUUCAAGUGAUGAUGACUAUGUACCUCCCCUCAGUAACAGUGAAGGAAAGGACUUCUUAUCAAUCAAGAGUGCUAAUACUAGCAAGGGUGAUUCCUCAGAGCUCUUAGGCACCUCAGAGCUAGGGGCUGACAUGGAUGAUGGGGACUCCACCCAGGCUGACCUGAGCCUUGAGGACUCCUGCUCCGCCCCACUCCUCUCUGGGUCGCCUGAAGACCCUGAAGAACAGCAGCCCACCGACCUCAGUGAUACCACGGAGGAUGACAUGAGUGAAGGAGAAAUUGUGUGCUCGGAACAUGACCACCUAUCCAAGCUGGCCCAUAACGAAGUCUACCAUAUACCUGUUGAUACCAUGUUUGAACUGCUAUUCACCGAUUGUGAAUUCUUCCGAGCAUUCAUUAGUGCCAGGAAAUAUACAGAUGUGACAUUAUCACCAUGGCGAGACGAACAAGGGGAGAAUAUAGGUCGUGUACGGGAGGCAAACUAUAUCAUACCCCUCAACGCACCCUUCGGACCAAAGACUUCAAACACUAUAGAAAAACACAUGUGCUAUAAACAGAGUCAACCUGGUGUUAUGUAUUUGAUAGACGCAGAAUGUACUCCCCUAGGAAUUCCUUACUCAGACGCUUUCUAUGUUAUGAAUCGGUACUGUCUCACUCGUGUGUCCAAGGGAAAAUGUCGGUUACGAGUAACUAGUGAAGUGAAAUACCGUAAAUCGCUGUGGGGAGUUGUCAAAAAUAUGAUAGAGCGGAACAGUGUCCAGGGAGUACUUGACUACUUCCAGUGUCUUGGCAUCCACUUACGGAAAGAGUCUGAAAAACACCAGAAAAAUCAAGGACUCCCGUUGGCGUCAAAACGGAAGUUACGGAAACGUCGUUCCCAUGGCGUGCGAGGAACACUCACACCGGGGGAUAUUUCCUCGACAUCACGACAAAUGUCACGAUCUCAGGCAGAUAAAAUGGCGCCUCCUGCUGCACCUAGCAGAACACUUUCUGUCCAAAAAGAGGAGAAAUUGCUGAACCUAAAUGCUGACACUUUGGUUCGCAUUGUCUGCUGCAUUCUGGUGCUACUGGUCAUGUUCAACGCACUGCUGUUCUACAAACUCUGGUCCCUGGAGACAGCCGCUAACCUUCUGUACUUCCCUGACUCUGGGGCCACCUUCUCAUCCCUCCACAAACAUCCGCCCCAGAGUCAGGAAGAAUGGGUGCGGUUACUACAGCAACAACAACACCUACAUGAGGCUGAGAUGCACAAGUGGCAGGACCUGCUUGCUGCUUCUAUAUCCAUGGUUGAUCAGAUGAAGCAGACUCUAGUCAAUCUUAAAGAACAUGUGGCACUGUCUGUGUCUGCCUUUCCCUCCAGUGAUCCAUCCAUGAGUUCUGAAGCUACUUCUGAAGAAUAGCAACAACCUUGGCUGUAGGAUAGAUGACUGGGUUAAUGAACUAGUCUGUUGGGGCAAUAAACAUAACUUACUGAUAAUGGGCUGCCCCAUGAUUAUUGCAGAUAGAUUGGUUAAAGUUUCCAUGGCAGCCAUCAAACAUUUAACAAUCAACCUUGGUCACUAAAGUGAUACAAAUCUACAUAAGUACAGAACUAAAGCUUUGGUGCUGGAAUCCUGAAAUGAAGAUGACCUUGCACAUUGCAGUGACCUUAACCUUGAAAUAGUUGCUACCGAGAUAUAAAUCUCAUUCCUUACCAUUAGUAACCUUUACCUUUGGUUACCAUGGGGAUGAUGCAUUGGUAACCUUCUUUCUUGGUGCAAGAUUUAGUGUGCAGUGCUGAAUUGUUGCAGCCUUAUUGGAGCAGCUUGUAAGAUCGGACGUUGCUAUCAGUAGGAGUAGGAAUCAACUGAUGGAACAUGUUGUUUUGCUCUUAGACUUAAAGCUUUAUUGAAAUUACUGGACAUUAGUGAUUACAAUACAGAGUUUCAGACUUACUAUAUCUUAAGACCUGGAAAUGAAUGACUAUAUUACAUGACGGGCAUUGUGCAAUGAUGCAUAAUAUUCAUUAUCUUGAAUGUUUUAAUAAUGCAAAGUUGAAAAGCAUACCUUAGAUGUUAUUAAUAAGUACAUGUAAUACAAUUUCGCUUUCUGUUAUUUUUCAAUAGUUCUGUGUUACAUGUUUAUAUUUAAGGAACAAAUGUAGUACCCAGUACUGUGAUUCUUGAUGCGUUGAUAAAUACUGUGUUGAACUCAUGAUUGUGCUUGUUUAUCUGUGAUUCAGUUUUGUAAUGCACAGAUACUAAACCAAUGGCAAGUUGGCAUCUUUUCAUACAAUAAAUGUUUCAAAUAUGAUAUAACUCUUAUAUCCAAGGGAGUAAAAGCAAAACAACAGUAUAACCUCAAAGGUGUAUUUUCAUAUAAAUGUAAUACAUAUUCACACCCAGGGCAUUCACUUUCUUUCUAUACCAUAUUUCAACUGUAUUACUGUUGCUUUUUGUCCAAUGCUCAAAAUAAUUCGUAAUGAGAUGUAUAUUUAAGUUAACAUUGGAAUUCUAUUAUUAGUGAUUAUAUCUGAGGUGGUUUUUGAUACUGCAUCAUAAAGUGGAUUUAUGCAAACAGUUCAUGAGCAUAUUUUAAUGAUUUAUUCCUGAUGGGGCUUGCAGAUGUAUAAAAGCACUUAAGUGCCUCGAGAUUUUGAUAGUUAUUAUGAAUUUUGUGUGAAUAUUUAAAAAGUAAAACAAACAUUUGGGGUGUAUUUUGUUACCAAUAGAUGAAUACUGCUUCAGCUGGCUAUUUAUUCAUUUGUUGUCCUUUAGUACCACUGAUUUGAUACAGAGAUUUGAUUUUAAAUUAUUUUGCACAAAGUGCUGAAGGUUUUACAUAUACUACCAAUAGAUAAAUCUUUUAAGGACACCAAUUCGGACGUAUGGUCACUGUAUGUCCCAAGUGCCUUCUCCCUGACCAUUUGCCAUAUAUACUUCUUUCCAUACAUGUUUUCCAUAUUCCAUUUAAAUCAUUCCAUUAUCAGAGCUGCGUUCUAUUGUUGAAAUGAAAUGAUUUCACCUUGAAUGUCAAGGCUGUAUGAAUGUUACUAUGAUAAAUUAUGUUGUUUUAAAAAAUGAGAUUUUGCAUUUGAUAACUUGAUAGCAAAAACAGUUUGAAGAGAAUAUGACCUCUACAUGUAUAAUGUAAUGCUUAUGGAAGUAUCAUGACAACCAUAAUGUCUCAAAAAGUAUAAUAUCUUGACUUGAUUUUGCAGUCGCACUUUAUAAAGUGAUUUCUUUUUAUGUGUUAUAAACUAUAUAGCCUGUGUGUUUCAUCUAUCGGUGUACUAAGAUUUCCUUUGCUUAUUGUAAAAUCAAAGUUGAUAUAAAUGUAUAAUUUUUAAUACAUAUAUGUUGAGGAUUUAAUUACCUUUAAAAUUAUGUGGCCAUAAAAGUAUUUCUAUAGUAAAUGUCCGACACCUGACCUAUUUGUUGACAUAGGGGUCGGCCAUUUUAUUUUGUGACGUAUGUACAAUCAACCGGUGUAUAUGACAUUUUCAGUAGAUAACAAUACCAAACAUGGAGGUAACGUGACCGCGAAUAUGCACAUUGUUAAGAAGCACCUGUCUGUGACGUCAUCAGCAUAUAUAAAUAGAUGAAAUCGGGAAAAUCCGAUCUGGGAUUUGCGAGAUUCUAGCAAUAGCAAUGGCUUACAUUUAGAAAGUUGAAUUAGAAUAUAGAAAAAAUGUAAUUACGUAUAUUUUUUUUGAUUUUGGGGGAAUACUUACGCGUAGAAACGACAUGAUCUUUUUUUGUUUGUAGCUGACAGUUCUCUCGAAUGAAUAUAAACAAUAUGAAGUGCAGGUACCCCGUUCACGUGAUCGAUAUUCGGCAUGUUUCGGAUUACAUCGAUAGACGGUAUACACCGAUAGAUGAAACAUUGAGUAUACUGUAAGCAUAUUAGUUGUUGAAUAAUUUAUGUUUCUUCAUGUUAUGGAAAAUGAAUUGAACAUUAUCAAUGUAAUAUCCUUAUCUUCUUCUAAAAUCAUACAAAUUAUAACUAAUAGAUAAUGCAUGACAUUGUCAUUGUUACUGACAAAGUCAGUUAUUUAUAAGCCGAUGUUACAACGUUGAACAACUGUACUGUACGUGUUUUCAAAAACUUUGUUCAACUUAUUCAUUUGAAACAUUUGUGACAUUGUAACAAGUAGCAGCCUUUGUUUAGAAAGGUGAAAAAAAGACAGUUUUAUCGAUAAAAUCCGAUUUAAGUUUGAAAUGUAUUUUCCAGGUUAAUUGUCUCUUGCUCUAUAGUACUAUAAUUUCUGUGAGAAAUCAUAGAUUGAUGUUGAAUAUCUCCCUUGAUUUAUUUAUUUCUACAUCAUGUUUGUUAUACUCUAAGUCAUAAUACAGCUGUUAUAUUCCAUGCAUGCUCUUGUUGUUAGAUGAAUUGUUUAUGUGUUGGUGCAAUACACUAGACUGUUAUCACCUGUUAUACAUUGUUUAUGAACUGUAUGAUGUCUUUAAAGUGCACAAAGAACUUCUUGAAUGAUGUCGAGGAUAUAUAAUGGGCAUGUUCCUACAUGAGGGUUGACAGCUAAAAGGUUAUAGUUGCUUCUUUACUUAAUGUCAUUUAGAACCUUUUUGCCUUCACUCCUUGAUGUUGAUUUCUGACAGAACAUGUCUCGCUGUCCUUUGAAAUUUAGAAUAAAUACUAUGGACAAAUAAAAUAGUUCAUCUAAAACAGUACCAUGAAUGUGUUGAAGCGUUUUGGUUAUAAGAUAACAUGCAUGCCAUAUUUCUGAGACCACCCCAUGGACUUGUAUCAUUAUCUCAAUAGAAUUGCAACACUUCUAAAACACAUGCCAAUAUUUCAUACAUGCCACUUCCUGGAAGGCUUCCCAGGAGGUUUUGCUCAGAAACCCAAGGCAUUUUCCCUCAACAUACCAUCCAUAAUAAUAUGUAACCUUUCAGAAAAAUUGGAUGUUAUGAGAUAUUUAUUGAACAAACUUACAUGUUUUAUCUCAUUUUUGGUGUCCAUUAUGAUACAGACGACUGUUGACUCAUUGUGUUGUUAAUGUUAGUUUAUAUUUAUUUUCAACUGUUCUGUUAUGAAUCAUGAGUAGGGAGGUUAUUGAAAGAUUUAAAGCAUAUUAUUAAAAACUUCAAAAAUA